AUGUCUGAACAAUUGUGUAACUCAUGUCAAAUAAACAAUGAGACAAAAACGGCAAUUUCUUGGUGUACUAUUUGUGAAGAGGCAUUUUGUGAACAGUGUGAUAAAUGUCACAAAUCUUUCAAAUUUACAGCAAAGCACAAAGUUAUUUUAAUGCAGGAAAUUCAGUCAGGAAAUUCCAAUUUGAAAAUAUCGGAAGUGCUGAAAUGUGAAGAGUAUUCUUCAAAGAUUGUUGAGGUUUACUGCGUGGAUCAUUCACAACCAUGCUGCAACCUAUGUGCACAACUUUCACAUCGCAAAUUUGAAAACGUGACCUCCAUCGAAAAUCCUGCCAAAGGUAUAAAGCAAUUUAAUCUUACAACUACUUUGAUUAAAAAACUUGACGAAAGGAAUAAGGAACUUGAUGAAAUUAUUGCGAAACGGAAAGAUAGUAUGACUAUAUUUGAAGGCACCUCUGAAAACAUUAUUCAAGAAGUGUCAACACUAAAAAUGGUAGUUAUAGAUCAUUUAAACAAACUAGAAGAGAAAAUAAAGUUCGAUCUGGCCUCUUCAAAGAAACAUGUGGUUAUGAAAUUUACCGAUGAAAUUAACACUUUUUCGAGUUAUAAAAGUGUAUCGGCUAACUGGCAGUCAGUUCUCAAUGUUUCCAUAGAACAAGGAUCAGAUCAACAGUGUUUAAUGGAAGUCAACAGGAUCGAUUCAAAAAUGACUAUACUUGAGAAGGAAAUUGAAGAAACUAUAAAAAAGAUGAAGGAAAUGACUAUUAAGUUUGUCCCGUCUGACCUGAUUGAGAAAUUUAAAAGCAUCGUAGAGUCGUUGGGUUCCGUAGAUAUAAUAGAAAACAAGUUUCCAUGCACACUAUAUAUUGGGGGAUAUAGAGAAAGGUUAAAUUUUCGAAGCGGUGACAUUAAAAUUUUGCAUAGAAUUAAUGCUGCAGAAAGUGGUUUAAUGAGUGCAAUAUUCAUUGCUGAUAACCUAAUUAUAACAAGCUAUUACAAAAGUAAUGUUGCAAAAUACAGCCUCAAUGGUGAAUUACUGCAAACUUUAGCUGUAGAAAAGUAUCCACUAGAUAUAACACAAGUUGAUAGAACUCAAGUCGCUAUUUCUACGUAUAAAAGUAACAAAAUUUUGUUUGUGGAUAUUUCAGAAAUGAAGUUAAUACGAAAAUUGGAUUUUUCAGAUUUACCCGUCUAUGGAUUAUGCUAUGCCGACGGAAACUCAUUCGUUAUAUCCGAUGGAUCCACACUGACAUGGGUAAGUUCAAAAGGGGAGAUAAUUAAACAAAAACCAACACGUGGUAAUUCGUUUUAUGUUUCAACAUCGGAUAUGAAAGAUUGUAUAUAUGGAGAUGGGGAUAAUUCUGUGUCAUGUGUAGUAGGGGACAGAACCAAUUUUACGUAUACAAAUGAACAAUUGUCCUCCCCACGGGGAAUCGGAAUAGACUUUGAGGGAAAUAUCUUUAUUGCUGGAUGGAGUUCUAAGAACAUUCAUCAAAUAACGGAUGACGGAAAUUUAAUACGGACAAUUCCGAUUGACACUUUUGGAAUUAGAAGACCAUGGACGAUACGUUUUGCUCCUAAUAGUAAUAAAUUUGUCGUGACAUGUAGUUCUUCUGGAAUAGUGGUACUGUGUGAAAUAAGUUGA